AUGAAUUUCUUCACGUCAAAGUCUAAGGACAAAUACAAAAAUAGUGAUAUGGCAAAUGAAAAUAAGCAUAAUAACACUAGUGGGUUUUUUCCAAUGACCUCUCAAGCUGGUACUCCAACUACAGCAAUUAGCUCGAGUUCUUAUGCCAUGGGCACAACAAGUGCCAUUCCCUCACAACAUGUAAUAUCGCCAAUAAGAACAGUUAAUAAGGAAAAUGUCACGGCUACUACCACAAGUGCGAAUUCAACGCAAGAUUCGAACAGAAGCAACAUUGGCAGAAGCAUAUCUCAGUUAAGCAAUAAUAUCAAUAAUUUAAAUCUUGUGCAAGUGCAAGAUAUGGUAAAUGAAGAAGGCCAAGACUCCGAGGGAGCUAACUUCUCCGCUCAGGCAUCAGGUCCAACAACAGAUAUUCCAAGGGGUAAAUUGGAAGUUACAAUUAUAGAAGCACGUAAUUUACUAACUAGGUCUAAGGACGCUGAACCUUAUGUCGUCUGUACUUUUGAAAGCUCGGAAUUCAUUUCAGAUGGCCCUGAGAAAAAUGUUGCUUCUAAUGAAAAUGAAAUAAAUGCAAGCCAAGAAAAUAUAGACAUUCAUAAACAUAAUCCACUUCCCGUUAUUAAAGAAAAUAACAAAAAUCUAAGAUCUCUGUAUACAACAAGAUCUUCAUCUCAAUUAGAAAAAUUAAUGCAUGACAACAACAACUCAAAUUAUCAUAAAACCUUGAGCUCAAAUAAUCAAAAUCUCAGCUGUAAUAAUAAUGCUAGAGAUGGUACAAAUCCUAUUUGGCACCAUACUACUAUAUUCGAUGUAUUAGGUGCUCAUUCAGAAUUAGAUAUCUCAGUUUACGAUUCAAAUAAUGACGAUAUGUUUUUAGGUCAAAUCAAACUAAGACCAAAUAUCAACUCUACUAACUUCGCCAAAAAUUGUCAAGGAUACACUUUACAAAAACGUGUGCUUGAUGAUAACGUUAGUGGUGAAAUCUUGGUGAAGUGGGAGUAUAGAUCGACUAAAAAGAGACAUUAUGGCCCGAGCGAUUUCGAAGUUUUAAGGUUAUUAGGUAAAGGUACUUUUGGCCAAGUUUAUCAAGUUAAAAAGAAAGAUACAAAGAGAAUAUAUGCCAUGAAAGUCCUUUCUAAAAAGGUUAUUGUCAAGAAGAAUGAAAUUGCACACACAAUUGGGGAAAGAAAUAUUCUGGUACAUUCUGCAUCAAAAACAUGUCCAUUCAUCGUCAGUUUAAAAUUUUCUUUCCAAACACCAACCGAUCUAUACUUAGUUACUGACUACAUGUCAGGUGGUGAAUUGUUUUGGCACUUGCAGAAAGAGGGCAGAUUUACUGAAGAUCGCGCAAAAUUUUAUAUUGCGCAAUUAGUUCUAGCUUUGGAAUACUUACACGACAACGAUAUUGUUUAUAGAGAUUUGAAACCAGAAAAUAUCUUGUUGGAUGCUAAUGGUAAUAUUGCAUUGUGUGACUUUGGUUUAUCUAAAGCUGACUUAAAAGACAGAACAAAUACAUUCUGUGGUACUACUGAAUAUUUGGCUCCAGAAUUGUUAUUAGAUGAAACGGGGUAUACUAAGAUGGUGGACUUUUGGUCCUUAGGUGUUUUGAUUUUCGAAAUGUGCUGUGGUUGGUCUCCUUUCUUUGCUGAAGAUAACCAGAAAAUGUAUCAAAAAAUUGCAUUCGGUAAAGUUAAAUUUCCUCGCGAUAUACUUUCUCCUGAAGGCCGUUCAUUCGUUAAAGGUCUAUUAAAUAGAAAUCCAAAUCAUAGAUUAGGUUCUAUUGAUGACGGUAGAGAACUAAGAGCUCAUCCAUUCUUUGCUGAUAUUGAAUGGGAUGCGUUAAGGGAGAAAAAAAUUGUACCUCCAUUUAAACCACAUUUGAAUUCAGAAAUAGAUACUUCCAAUUUUGAUCCAGAAUUUACACAAGCCUCGACUUCUUAUAUGAACAAACAUCAACUUAUGGCAGCAACACCAUUAUCGCCAGCCAUGCAAGCAAAAUUUGCUGGCUUUACGUUUGUUGAUGAGUCUGCAUUGGACGACCUUUAUCACAAUGGAUACAACAAUCGUAAAAUGUUACAGAAUUCCUACUUCAUGCAACCAGGUUCGUUUAUACCAGGUGAUCCAAACCUGCCUGCAGACGAAGAUGUGAUUGACGAGGAUGAUGGUUCUGACCACGAUAUGAAUCAUUCCGGAGUGAACUCUCCUUCACAAAUGUCUUUUGAUCAACAUCAUAUGGAUGAUGAAUUUGGAGGCAGAUUUGAGAUGUAG